AUGAGCCGAAAUCGUGGUGAAGCAAGUUCAAGAUCACGAUCACGAUCACGAUCACGAUCAAAAUCUAAAUCCAAAUCCAAAUCACGAUCAAGAUCAAAUUCAUUGUCAUCAACAUCAUCUGGUCGCGCAGCUCAAGCACCAAAAUGGGAUGGUGAAUCAGGUUAUCGUUUACAUAUAUCACCACUUAAUCCACGUACAUCUCGACGUGAUAUUGAAAAAAUAUUUUCGAAAUUUGGUACAAUCAAUGAAGUUUGGAUGGCUACAAAUCCACCUUGUUUUUCAUUUGUGAAUUUUAAACAUCGACAUGAUGCUGAAGAUGCUAUGCAAGCAAUGGAUGGAAAAUUAAUUGAUAAUUCACGUGUUGGAGUUUCAUUUGCUCGUAAACGUACAAUUGGUGGUCGUCGUGCUCCUACAUAUAAUGGUGGUGGUGAUCGAUAUCGAGGUGGAGGUGGAGGAGAUUAUAAUUCAUCAAGAGAUCGGCGUCGGUAUUCACCACGACAAGACGAUAGAAGUUAUGAUAGACGACGACGAUAUUCUCGUUCACGUAGUCCAGUUCAAUCUAGUAAACGUGAUUAUCGUCAACGAUCAAAAUCAAGAUCAUCAUCACCAAAACCACGUCGUAACCGACCAUCAUCACGAGAUCGUUCACCUCAACAACAAGCAACUAAUGUUGUUCACAGAUAUGCAGAAAAUGAUGAUAGAUCUGAUUGA